AUGGAACAAGAUGCUGCUGAUCAGGACGCCGCCGUCGGAGCCGGUUUGGAGACGGAGCAGCGUCGCAGCAUAGACGCGUUGAGAACCUGGUUCACAGCCAACGGGGGCUACCUAGAUCCGCGCCUGCAGCUGAUGUACUCUCCGGAGCGGGGUCAGCACGUCGUCGCAUCGAGUGCGAUCGCGGCGUCCGAGGACGCGCCAGCGCUCCUCUGCAAGUGUCCGCUAAGCCUAUCGCUCUCGUUCCUCAACGUGGAGGCCGCACCUCCGGCGGGCGUGCGGCCCUGCGCCGCCUCCAGCGCGGUCGCGCACCUCGUCGGGCGCGUCGAGCGCGCGGCCUUGAGCUGCUUCUUGCUGUGCGAGCAGCGCCUGCUGGGGACACGCAGCUUCUGGGCCGCUUACAUCGCGUGUCUGCCGCGUGAGAGCGACAUGGCCACACCGUGGUGGUUUGCGGACCGGGACCUGCUCUGGCUUCUGGGCACGAACGUCCACUUGAGCGCAGAGGCUGAGAGGUCUGGCGUCGAGAUGCGACGGGGCAUGUGGAAAGCGCAGUGGGAGGAGGGUGUGCGGGUGCUCAAGGCCGCUGGCGUUGACGUUGAGGAAUAUACUUGGGAGUUGUAUCUUUGGGCGGCGACAAUAUUCUCAAGCCGCAGUUUCGCCUCGCGCAUUUUUUCGCCUUCCGUGUCGGAACCAUCGGGCCAGCAGUCCUUCCCGCUGCUCUACCCCGUCGUGGACAGCUUCAACCACAGGUUCGGCGCCAAGGUCCUUUGGAACAUGGACAACGGCGACUUCCAGAUGAGCGUCGCCGAGCCCGCUCAGGCCGGCGAGGAGGUCUUCAACAACUAUGCUCCCAAGGGAAACGAGGAGCUCCUGACUGGAUAUGGGUUCUGUAUUCCCAACAAUCCCUGUGACGAGGUGGCCAUGCGCAUCGGGAGGCCGCCAGACUCCGUCCACACCCUGCUCAGAAGUCGGUAUCCGGAGCGGUUCGCCUCGGCUGAAUGGGCAGACACAGACGCCGUCUUCUUUCUUCGCGGCUCGGAUCACUAUUCAGGCGGCUACCAGCACGCAGAGCCGCUACUUCGUGGCCUUCCACCGGAGUUGAUCGGCACGCUUGGCGCCAUCCUCGACCACUCGUACAGGCAGCAGGGCGUCGAGCUGGAGCAGCAUCAUCUCGAGCCCGCAGCCGUGGACGCCAUCCUCGAACGGCUGGCUGCCAAGCACCAGGGCAUCCGCCAGUGGGACGACCAGCUGCCCGCUGAGCCGCAGAACGACAGGCAGCGCUUCGCCAAGAUGUACAGGGACGGCCAGCUGGCCAUCAUGGAAGAGAUCAUGGCCGAACUGCAGCAGUACUUGGACCGCUUCUGA